AUGGGGCGCAUAGCUGUGGUGGGAUGGCUGCUGGCGCUCGUGCUGGCAUGUGUAGGGGGGGACGAUGGAGGAGGAGCAGAGCCGAUGCGUAUGAAUGUGUGGAAGGGAGACAUGAUGAUGCUGGGCACGCCAGAGGCGCUAGAUCGCAACCCUGGCGACGUGUUUCUCCAUCCUUUCGGGCACGGAGCCUUCAACAGGACAUUUGUUCUCGACGAUGCUCUGCUGCAUGCCGAGAAAACGGUCGAGUCUUGUCUCCUUGGUCUGGCCUGCGAGCAAUGGGGGCAGGAUUACUCUCCAGGAAGAUAUCUAGCAGCGCCCUCGGAGACUCGAAUGAAAGUUUGGCGAGCAGCUGCAUGGAGCCAUGCUCUCAAGCAAGCGCGAGGGUGGAAGGAAGACAGGAUCAUCUUCGACUACCUGCUGGAGUCGCCUGCAUUUCUGCAAGAGAUGCAGAGGAGAAGAGAGACUCAAAGCAACCUCUUGGCUCAGACUCUGCCUCCCGUACCUCCAGGCUUGUUCGCUGAGUCCGGCGAGUCACGCGAGGUCAUCGAGGCAGCAGGGAACGAAUCGCUGGCAGGGGAACGGAGGGAAAGGCUGUUGCAGUAUGGCUUUGGCACAGAUGUGCGAUUCGUCAAGUUCUCCGAGGGCUUGUACAUUAACGUGACUGGCUUUCACUGGUAUGACUGCCGUGUUCCAAGAAACCGAAACAAGAAGCCGCUCCCUCAACCACCGCCGGAACUUGUGUUACGGUCCAGCAAAAAGGGACAAGAGUCAGGCGCAGAGAGGUGA